AUGAGAGGCUGGCACCUUCUCUACCUGUGGAGCGGGUGGGCGGGCAAUGGUAGACACAAAAUGUGUUUCUGUAUCCGUAAACUUAACAUGGCUAAAAAGUUAAUAUUGGCGACGGCCGGCAGGGGGCGCUUGCAAUGUUUCCGCCAGAUGCUCACAAUAUGUCACCGACGAAGUACGUCUGUCUGUUUGUCCGCCGGGACAUGUAACUUCAUAUCUAUCUAUCUAUCUAUCUAUCUAUCUAUCUAUCUAUCUCGGGUAACCGUAAAAACAAAUCUAUCUAUCUAUCUAUCUAUCUAUCUAUCUAUCUAUCUAUCUAUCUAUCUAUCUAUCUAUCUAUCUAUCUAUCUAUCUAUCAUAGCUGGCCACUCGACUAUCAAUUCGUUAUUAUGCUCUCCUAGCACAAUAUUCGUUUAUGUGUCGUAUCUUAUUACGACUAAACGGUUCGGUAUUAUUGCUCUCUUUGCAUAG